CUAAUUCAUUCCAGUGGACUUGUAACUCAUAUUCCGGAAUCGUAAGAUGAUACUUUCGAAUAGAUUGGGUUAAUAUUUAACCUAUAUAUAUAACCUAGGUUUAUUGUGAGAAAAUUGUUUGAGAAAAUCAUUUGUGUGUGCUCACUCGAAUAUUUCAUCUUAUUUUGGGUUAAUUUUGUGGUUGUUAGCAUUUGUUGGUUUAAGUAAAGAUACUACAAUGUCCAUAUCAAAUGGUACCACGGGGGAUAGCAAUGGUCUGAAAUGGACUGUCGGUCUACUGAACAGCCGGUACAAGUACCUCACAGCUGAAACGUUCGGCUGUAAAGUGAACGCAAAUGGGGUUGCUUUAAAAAAGAAACAGCUCUGGAGUCUCGAACCCUACACUGGCGAAUCAGAAGACGAGGCUGUGUGCCUGAAAAGCCAUUUGAAAAAGUACCUAGCUGUAGAUCAGUUCGGUAACGUAACGUGUGAUUCCGAAGAACUGACGCAAUAUGCCAAGUUCAGGGUGGUGGUCAAUGAGGAUGGACGAUGGGCACUGAUCAACAUAACGAGGGGAUAUUUUCUGGGUGCCAGCGACGAUAAACUUAUUUGUUCUGCAAAAGCUCCUGGAGAAAAUGAACUGUGGACUGUCCAUUUAGCGGCUAGACCUCAGGUGAAUCUCCGUUCUAUCGGACGUCGUCGAUAUGCCAGACUCUCGACCGAACAGGACGAAAUCCAGGUUGAUGCCAACACGCCAUGGGGUGAAGAUGCCCUAUUCACCCUGGAAUUCCGAGAGGGAAGGUAUGCCAUACAUGCCUGCAACGGACAUUAUCUAAAAGCUGACGGGAAACUUACCGAGCAGUGUGAAUGUCUGUUUGGAUUAGAGUUCCACGGUGGUUAUUUGGCACUCAGAGAUCCUCAGGGUCGUUACGUCAGCCCGAUCGGAAGUAAAGCUGUGCUGAGGACCCGAUCGUCGACGGUUACCAAAGAUGAGUUGUUUUCGCUAGAAGAUUCCGUUCCACAAGCUGCCUUUGCUGGUUUCAAUGGCAAACAUGUGUCGGUAAAACAAGGAGUGGACGUGACAGCCAAUCAAGAUGAAAUCUCAGACCACGAAACAUUCCAACUGGAGUACAAUGAAAAGACAAAAACUUGGCAUAUUCGAACAAUGCAAGACAAAUAUUGGUCUCUGGAUAGCAGUGGUGGUAUACAAGCCAAUGCCUCUAAAGGGCCAUCUAGUGCACAUUUUACAUUGGAGUGGUUGCCAGAGGGAAAUUUUGCCUUUAAAGCAAACAAUGGAAAAUAUGUAGCUGCUAAGAAAAGUGGCCACUUGUAUGCCAACAGUGACAAAGUGGAAGAUAUGGAAAAGUUUUAUUUCUAUUUGAUUAAUCGCCAAACUCUAGUUCUGAAGUGUGAACAAGGCUUUGUGGGAUAUAAAAGUGCUGCCUCUCCCAAAUUAGAAUGUAAUAAAGCUACAUACGAAAGUAUAUUUAUAGAAAGAGGUGAAAAAGGAAUAUGUUAUUUCAAAGGAAACAAUGGCAAAUACUGGCACGCAAACAGCGACAACACCAUAUCAGUUGACUCUGAACAUACCCAAGGAUUCUACAUCGAAUUGAGGGAACCGUCUAAGCUGUGCAUCAAGACGGAAGAUGGAGACUACUUAGUUGCCGAAAAGAACGGUUUAUUUAAAGUGGGUGGCCCUGACCCCAGUUCUGCAACUACAUGGGAAUAUUAGUUUUUCUCCCAGAGAGAGAGAGGACAAAAUAAUGUCUUGCUCAUUCAGUGUCUGUGUGUGUGUGUAGUGGCAAUUUUCUUCCUUUCCCAAAGAUGCAUACACCAACAUUUUGUAUCCAAAUGCCAAUCAAAUACUUAUGCAAUUUUAUUUCAAUUGCAAAGCAUGGUGGUGUUUUAUCAAAUUUAGUUCCUUGCACCGUGCGUCUAACCCAAGUAGCACAGAACAUUGUAUAGAAUAUUGCUUAUGGUGUUGAAUUUGAACAGAAGUGCCAACUAUUAAGAUUCAUCCAUAGUUACGAUUUCGUUGUCGAGAUUACGGCCUCGAGUUCGAGUAAUAAAAAUUACGGUUUUUGAGAAUUUUUUGUUGUUUACUGCGAAUAUUUGAAAUGUAACUUAGUUUUUUUAUUUAAUAUUAAAUGCAUGCAUAAUAUUUGUAAUUAUUAAUUUGUUUAUUUUUAUUGUUAUUAAUUUGUACUGUUAAUUUGAGUAAUUUGUUUAUUAAUUGUAAUUAUAAUUAUAUUUGUAGUUAAAUUCAUUGCACAAUAUAACCUACCAAGAAUUGAGUAGCAAAAAAAAAAAUUGGAAUUAUGCAUGCAUUUAAUUUGUGUUGUAGCACCUUGAAAUAGCGCUAAUUUGAAGUUUGUUAAUGUUGUAUGCAUUAUUGUACUUCUGAUUAUGGCAAUAAUAGGUAAUUUGGAAAGUUGGCACCUCUAAAUUUUAACUGUCGUGGUUCAAUAAUGAAUGGAUUUUGUGCUACUAGGGGAAGUUAUUCGCUUGACAGUGAAGUGUCAAAAUGCCUAAUUUAGUAUUCCUUUAUUUAUUUUUUUAUAUUGCUUUUUUUAUUGAUAACAAUAACUUUUUCUAAUUAUAUAUAUACAUAUAUAAAGUAACAAUAGGAUUUUUCUCAUUCCAUUUUAAAUACAAUUCAAUUUUGAAUAUUCUGUUUUAUACAUAAUAUCUGAUCUCGCUGUUUGUAUUUCCAAUUUUUAUAUGUUUUUUACAAUAUGAUUUUUUUUUAAGAAGUGUUUCAGUGUUUGUUAUUUUCUACCUAUCCAGCUACAAGUUUGUCAAUUUGUACAUGAUUUGUAAUGAAGUGAGAUUUUAUACCAUUUUAAAAAUAAUAAUCUAGUAGGUAUGUGACAGAAGACUAGUUGUAACAUUCAAAUCUCCUGUCACAUUUGGAAUAUAAUUUCUGUCUUACAAUUAUGUAAAAAACAAUAAAAUCAAUUUUAAUAGGCU